AUGAAUUACACAAUUCUCCUUAUAACCGCACUUUGUGUAAUAGCCACAAAUGCUUCACCGGCGCCUUUUAAGCUGCCGACACAGUUGGUUCAGAAAGUAAAGCGCGUAGGAAAUCAGUGUAUUAAAGAAACUGGUGCUCCGGCCGACUCCCUCACAAACACCAUCCCUUGGAAUCUCGCUGAAAACGAAAUAAACAACAAAUUCUUGUUUUGUCUUUGCAAAGAAAACAAUUUAAUUAACGAUCAAGGUGACUUUAAUUCUGAAAAGGUUAUGAACGUUUUCUCCAACAGCGACAAAAAAGAUGACAUCGCUAAAGUAUUUACAGAAUGUAAUGCGCUAAAAGCCAAAGAUAAAUAUGACACUGUGUACAAGAUAACGGAUUGUUUCUUUGGAAAAGCACCUAUAAGUUUGUCUUUGUAA